CCUCCUGUCCUAUGCUCUGAUCUUCCCCAAGCAGGAGCCUCCAGCCCAGGCCCAGGUAGGGACCAUGUCCCCCGCCAUCGCGCUGGCCUUCCUGCCACUGGUGGUGACAUUGCUGGUGAGGUACCGGCACUACUUCCGACUACUGGUACGCAUGGUCUUACUCCGGAGCCUCCGAGACUGCCUGUCAGGGAUGCGGAUUGAAGAGCGGGCCUUCAGCUAUGUGCUCACCCACGCCCUGCCUGGGGACCCUGGUCAUAUCCUCACCACCCUGGACCACUGGAGCAGCCACUGCGAGUACCUGAGCCACAUGGGGCCUGCCAAAGGUCAGAUCGUGAUGCGGCUGGUGGAGGAGAAGGCCCCUGCUUGUGCACUGGAGCUGGGCACCUACUGCGGGUACUCCACACUGCUUAUUGCCCGUGCCCUGCCCCCUGGGGGUCGCCUUCUCACUGUGGAGCGGGAUCCACGCACAGCAGCAGUGGCUGAAAAACUCAUCCGCCUGGCUGGCUUCGACGAGCGCACGGUGGAGCUCAUCGUGGGUAGAUCAGAGGAGGUGAUCCCGCGCCUAAGAACCCAGUACCAUAUGAAUCGGAUUGACCUGGUGCUCCUGGCACACAGGCCCCGACGUUAUUUGCGGGACCUGCAACUGCUGGAGGCCCAUGCCCUGCUGCCAGCUGGUGCCACAGUGUUAGCUGACCACGUGCUCUUCCCUGGUGCACCUCGCUUCCUGCAGUACGCCAAGAGCUGUGGCCGCUACCGCUGCCGCCUCCACCACACUGGCCUCCCUGACUUCCCUGCCAUCAAGGACGGCAUAGCCCAGCUCACCUACUCAGGGCCUGGCUGA